CUAUCUUGCUUCCACUGCAGCCAACAGUGAGAUACCUGGCAACCAUGAAGCUGGUGGCAUCAGUUAUUUUAGUUUUCCUACUAUGUUUCACGGACUCCAAAACACUGCAUAAAAAUGCAUAUGGAAUAGCCUCCAUGUUGGAUUCCUCCCAGUGCUCUUCGGAGAUGAAUCUGGCUAAUGUAGCUACCAUAUUGUUCUCCCAAUUUGUCCAAGACGCCACUUAUGAGGAAGUGAGAAAAAUGGUGACAGAUGUAUUGACUGUAAUCAAGAAACCCACUGGCAGUGAACAACUUGCAGAAUGUUUAGAAAAUCAGCUAUCCACCUUUCUGGAAGAAAUCUGUCAUGAGAGGGCAACCCAUGAGAAGUAUGGACUUGCAGACUGCUGCAGCCGCAGCGGAGAGGAAAGGCACAAGUGUCUACUUACACGCAAAAGGGCUGCUCCAGCAUCCAUUCCACCCUUGCAAGUUCCAGACAUGGUCACGAGUUGCAAAGCAUAUGAAGAAAACAGGGAGACGGUCCUAAACAAAUACAUCUACGAGGUGUCCAGGAGACACCCCUUCCUCUACACACCCACUGCUCUCUCUUUGGCUGCCCGCUAUGACAAAAUAUUUCCAUCGUGUUGCAAAGCUGAAAACGCAGCUGAAUGCUUCCAAACGGAGGUAGCACCAAUUACAAAAGAUCUACAAGAAAGCAGUUUAUUAAACCAACAUGCAUGUGCAGUGAUGAGGAAUUUUGGGCCCCGCACCUUUCAAGCCAUAACCAUCACGAAGCUGAGCCAGAAAUUUCCGAAAGCGAAUUUUUCUGAAAUGCAGAAACUGGUCCUGGACGUGGCCCACGUGCAUGAGGAGUGCUGCCAGGGAAACGCGCUGGAGUGCCUGCAGGACGGGGAGAAAAUAAUGUCUUACAUCUGCUCGAAGCAAGACGUUCUGUCGAGCAAAAUAGCAGAAUGCUGUAAACUUCCCGUCCUUGAGCUCGGCCACUGCAUAAUCCACGCGGAAAACGGCGAGACGCCUGCCGGCCUCUCCCCGGAGCUGGAGCUGGGCGGGUUCCUAGGGGACAGAGAUUUCAGUCGCUUCACCCCGGGAGAAAAAACGAUGUUCUUGGCCAGUUUUAUUCAUGAAUAUUCACGAAGACACACUGCACUUGCUGUCUCAAUAAUACUACGAAUUGCUAACGGAUACCAGGAGUUACUAGAGAAAUGUUUCCAGUCUAAAAACCCCCUUGAAUGCCAGAAUAAAGGGGAGCAAGAGCUGCAGAAAUUCAUCCAGGAGAGCCAGGCGAUGGCGACACGAAGCUGCGGCCUCUACCAGAAACUUGGAGAGUAUCACCUGCAAAACUCGUUUCUCAUUACUUACACGAAGAAAGCCCCUCAGCUGACCACAUCUGAGCUGAUGGCCUUCACCAGGAAAAUGGUGACCACAGCGGCCACAUGUUGUAAACUCAGUGGGGACAAGCAGUUGGCCUGUGGGGAAGGAGCGGCUGACCUCAUUAUUGGACAGUUGUGUAUCAGACAUGAAGCACGCCCCGUGAAUCCUGGCGUGGGCCGCUGCUGCAGCUCGUCUUAUGCUGACCGAAGGCCGUGCUUCAGCCGUCUGCUGGUGGACGAAACCUAUGUCUCCCCACCAUUCUCUGCUGACAAAUUCAUCUUCCAUAAAGAUCUGUGCCAGGCUCAGGGUGCAGCACUACAAGAAAUGAAGCAAGAGCUUCUCAUUAACCUUGUGAAGCAGAAAGUGCAGAUAACAGAGGAACAGCUGGAGGCCAUCAUCCCAGAUUUCUCUGGCUUUGUGGAGAAGUGCUGCCAGCAUCAGGAGCAGGAAGCCUGCUUCGCUGAGGAGGGCCCAAAGCUGAUUUCAAAAACUCGUACUUCUUUGGGAGUUUAAAUUACUUCAGGAGGAAGAGGAGAGAGUCUUUGCAGUUUGGCGUAAACUCUAAUUCCAAAUAAUCCUUUAAUGAAAUGAUGAAGAUUUUAAUGUGAAAUUUCCCCUACAACAAAAUAAAAUAUCUCCAAAA